AUGGAAGAAGGAGGGAAAAGCCAACACUGUGUGAUGGAUGAAUCCCAAAACGGUUCGAGCAUUUGGUUUACGAAAUGUGACCCAUCGAUAAAACCAGCUGUCGAGCAGGUGUUUGCUACAUUGGAAGAUGGCAUCGCGUACUACAAGACAUAUGCAUCCAUAACUGGGUUUGAUGUGUGCAAGAGUUCCGACAUAAAGAACAGGUACGGGAUCAUCCUGAAGAAGAAACUAGUGUGCAAUCGUGAAAGGUAUAAGGAUGCAAAACCAAACACCACAACAGAACAAAAGACCACCACACAAACAAAACGACGACGCCCGUCUAACAGAGUUGGGUGCAUGGCCAAAAUAGUUUUCAGAAGAGACAGUACGAGAAGUUACGUGGUCAAGAAGUUUGAAGAGGGGCAUGCCCAUUGUUUGUGCGAGGAGAGUUACAAACCUUUCUUGAAAGGGAACAGGAAACUAGAUAUUGGCCACCAACAAUUCAUCGCGAACUGCUCAAAAGUCAAUAUUGGGGCUAGUAAAAGCCAUGACCUGUACGCCGAGAUGGUGGGAGGAGUUGAAAACGUGGGAGCGACACAACAAGACUUCAAGAACUAUAGAAGGGAGAUUUUGGCGUACAUGCAAGGAGGAGAUGCGCAAAUGCUAAUAUCCAAAUACCUCGAUCUGAAGUCGGACUAUGACGAUAUGUAUUUCGAAUACGAGGCAAACGAGAAUGACCAGUUGGCACGUGUUUUCUGGGCAGAUGGUAUGGCAAGAAAGCAAUAUAGUGUUUUCGGAGAUGUUGUGUCAUUUGAUGCUACGUAA